AUGGACAUCCCCGCAGGCUCGCAUCCAACAAGGCUGCUGGUAUGGGCAGCCGUCGGCUUGGUCGUUAUCUCCUUCCUUGCCCCUAUCGUUAGGCGAUUCUUCGUCCGGCGACAGAUUGCCCGUAGUCAUGGCUGUCGACCGGUUGCAAAAGCUUGCAACAAAGACCCGUUCCUCGGAAUAGACAUUAUACGUGCCAAUCUAAGGGCUGCUCGGGAGCACAAAGCCCUGGAAACAAGUCGCGAGAGGUGUUCCCGUUUCGGAAAUACUUUCACAACGAGGCAGUUGUUGCUUCCCAUCAUUGUGACGGUAGAGCCCGAGAACAUAAAGACCAUCCUUGCGCUCAACUUCAAGGACUAUGGAAUCGGUCAUCGUCUAGAACGAUUCGGUCCCCUCCUUGGGGCAGGCAUAUUCGAUACUGAUGGCGACCACUGGGCAGCGUCGCGCGCUCUCAUCCGGCCAAACUUCACCAGAGACCAAGUGGCAGACUUGGGCUUGUUUGAGAAUUUGAUACAGGACCUUUUUGCUCUUAUUCCACGAGACGGGCAGACUGUUGUUGACCUGCAAGACCUGUUCUUUCGCUAUACAAUUGAUUCUGCCACUGAGUUUCUGUUCGGACAGUCGGUCGGCAGUCUGAAGAAGACUGCCCAAACAGAGCUGGAUUUCGCAGAGGCGUUCAAUUAUGCACAGGAAGCCAUAAGAAUGCGAAAUAUCCUUAGACCGCUGGCUAAACUCUACAAGGAUCCCAAAGCCGACAGAUGCAAUAGACUUUGUCGGGAAUACGCCCAGCAAUUUGUCGACAAAGCCGUCAGUGAGGUUUGGCCAGAGGGGGACCCAACAGAAAAGGAAACAUCAACGGACAAGUCCAAGACGCAGGGCCAGAAGUACAUCUUCCUACGUGAACUGGCAAGGCGUACAUCUGACAAACGCCGCAUUUUGGACGAGCUCCUCAACGUUCUCCUUGCCGGUCGUGACACCACUGCUAGCCUACUGAGCAAUAUGUUCUUCAUGCUCGCUAAGCAGCCGGCCAUCUGGGCUAAACUUCGAAGUGAGGUGGCCACGCUGGAUGGGCAAGUGCCAACCUAUGAGAUGCUUCGCAAUCUUAAAUAUUUAAAGUGUUGCAUGAACGAAUCGCUACGCCUCCACCCAGUUGUACCAAUGAACUCUCGUGAGGCCUUGCGAGAUACUGUCUUGCCGGUCGGCGGUGGGAGUGACGGCCUGUCACCGGUAUUUGUACCAAGGGGCACGCAUGUUGCUUAUAACGUGUAUGCCAUGCAUCGACGGGCUGAUUUCUACGGACCGGAUGCGGAUGAAUUCCGCCCGGAGCGCUGGGAAAGCGGGCGGCUGCAACCGCGAUGGGAGUAUCUGCCUUUUAACGGAGGGCCACGCAUAUGUCUCGGCCAGCAAUACGCUCUUACCGAAGUUGGAUACGUCACUGUCCGUAUAGCACAGGAGUUCCAAAUAUUGGAAAGUAAGGAUCCAGGGCCAUGGGAGGAGUCAUUGACGUUGACCCUGUGCUCUCGAAAUGGAACUAAAGUUUGUCUUACUCCAGCAUAA